AACACCACUGUGUUGAAAACACAACAUGAGGUGUGUAAUUCUGUAAAAUGAAAUAAAUAAUUUCCAUAAAUCCCUAACUUAUGACCCAAAUGAAAAAAAUAAAAAUAAAAAAACGUCUGAAAUGCGCCUCUGAAAGAAACGGAUCUCCUUAAAGCUCGGAAUCCCCACCGUCCGCGGCGUCGUGAAGGCACCAUUGUGUCACGUGACAUGCAGUCAUGGCGUUCCCCCUCCGUAAGCGGCUCCGCUGUUUUCUGCCGUUUCUGUGUUUUCUCUGCGUCUGUUCUCACCUGGAGCUCGUGUUCUCUGAAGACGUGGAGCGCUGCGAACACCUGAGACUCGGACAGUAUCUGUGCAAAGAUCCGAAGAUCGAUGACGCCACUCAGGAGCCGGAGAACUGUCGGAACAUGCAGGCCCAGGUGGAGUGCUUCCCAGCUCCCAACAUCAGCUGUCGGCUGCAGGACGGGAGGGAGGUCGGCUUCGGCGGAGAUUUCGGCUUCAACAGGUCCAUCCCUUGCAGGAAUGUGAGCGGUUACUCCUACAAAGUGGCCGUGGCCUUGUCUCUGUUCCUGGGUUGGCUGGGAGCGGACCGCUUUUACCUGGGAUACCCAGCUCUAGGAUCCUGGACUCUUCAUGCUGACUCGGCGUCUGUGUCUCCAGGUCUGCUGAAGUUCUGCACCGUGGGUUUCUGUGGGAUCGGCACGCUGAUCGACUUCAUAUUGAUCGCCAUGCAGAUUGUGGGUCCGGCGGACGGCUCCAGCUACAUCGUGGAUUACUACGGCGCUCGGCUGACCCGCCUGUCCAUCACCAACGAGACGUUCAGGAAGCCGCACCAGUCGCUGUGAUGCGGCGUGAGCUCUUCCUCUCCAGAGUCACCUUGAAAGUCUGUAAUAACUGCGGAAUGUGCUGGGAAUAAAUGAAGGUACUCUGGCUGGCAUCGAUUUCCGAGGCGUUCAAGGUCUCGGCGUUGACGGUUAAAUGUCAGAGCAGCUCAGGUGAUCCCGUCACGGAAACGCCAACCAUCUCUGCGUUGUUUGUGUGUCUCUGUGGACAGAGACCCCCCCCCCAAACAAUCCUCAAACUUUAGUUAAAGAGUUAAAAAAAUCUGUUUUCACGGGAUCUGCAGUGGUUUCUGUUUUUCCUGAACGUCUGAGGUCACAUGAUGUUGGUUUCCUGCUUCCUGUUAAAUAUUGUGUUCAUUCAAUGUUAAGUUAUUUUUUCCAUUUUAAAAUAAUUGUAAAUAAAGUUUAUUUUCAAA